AUGGCCGAGGAUGUGGCGGCAUUGGUGCGCCAGGGUUGUCUCGAUCAACUCAUUUUGCUAGCCCAGCAAAACCCACAGCUCCUGAUCACUCCCGAUUCACAGGGCCUCACUCCCUUUCUGACCGCCUGCGCUUGUGGACAAGUUGCCGUUGCCCAAUGGCUUCGUGCCAACAACUUUACCGAUCUUAGCGAUCGCGAACCCAAAACCGGUGCUCAUGGCCUACACCUCGCAGCCGUCCGCCAUCAAACCGCCAUCGUUGCCUGGCUCCUCGAACAGCAACCGGCUUGUGUCGAUGUUCGAACAAAGGACAACGCCACCGCCCUACGCAUUGUCUGCGAAGCCGGCUUUGACGACCUCGUUCGCCUUCUUCUGCAAGCCGGUGCGGACCCCCUCAUCACGGACGACACACAACUCAGUGCCAUCACCGCUGCCGUGCGCUACCGUCGCGCAGGUGCACUCCAACUGCUCCAGCUUCACAGCGUGUCCAAUUUUCCUCAGGCGCAGCCUCAGGCACAGCCCCCAAUCGGCCAUGAUGAAGCCCAGGAUCGGAUGGGCGCCCGCCGUGACUCUUACGCCAUCAUUCUGGAGGGCCUGAAGCUUGAGUCUUUCCUUGAGGAGAACGCUGGCAAGGUCAACCCUUUUGGCAUCGACCAAGGCGAGGCUGGGGCUGGUGGUGCCAUCGCCCCGGGACAAACCGGCACAACGGCGGCGAGUGCAGUUGCACCAACCUCAUCGGCAGCGGGCUCAAUGACCCACCAUCCCGGCGCUGCGGGUCUUGGCCUGGACUUUGGCCUCAAUGGCGGAAAUCCUGGACUUCCCUUCAAUCCAGCCCUAUUUGGCGACGGUAGUCACGUUAUGCUUCCAUCACGUCAGGCCAUGGGAUUUUCCACCCAGCAAAUGCCAGCACAGUCGCUGGCAUCGCAGAUGCAAGCAGCACCGAGCCAGCCCGCGCAAACCAUGCCGCAACGACCGCCGAUUGCAGUUGAAGAUACAGACGCCGGUUCCAGCGCCCAGGGUCCGGGGGGCCCUGGGCUCAACAACAUUUAUCUCUCCCAACUCAACUCGGCCCGGGAUUACCUUUCGGAUGGUGAUUCCUCUGUGGCCUCGGUUGACCUCCUCGAUUGGUCUGAUGAAACCAAUUCCAUGUUAUCGAGUCCAUCCAUGUCGCCCGCCGCCGCCUCUCCCCGCCAGGCCUCGGGCUCUCGUCUGGAUCAGCAACACGAUAGCUCCUCAUACCUUGAAGUCCCGGCUUCGGGCCGGCGCCGCAUAUCCAACCAGGGCUCCACGGGCGCCAGCGCGAGUGGCGACGGAGGACCCGGUCGCCCCAUGCGCCAGUAUCACUGCAAGUUUUGUGAUAAGGCCUUUAGCUGCUCCAGCAACCUCAAGCGUCAUGUUCGCAUUCACACGGCCGAGUGCGGAUCGCUGCUAGCCAGCGGCAUUGCCAGCGCCUCUCUAACCCCGGACGUGGGGUCCAUUGUUAUUGAUGGUGUGGAUGCCUGGAACGGAACCUCUGUCACGAUCGACCUGCCUUUUCCAGCCACUCUCGCCAGCAUCACCGCCCAGAACGGCCCCGAUGGCGAAUACGAGGCGCUCAGCAUUGAACUCUUCAGCGGCGCCUCAUCGGUGCUGUCACUCACGGGCAUCCUGUUGCACAAUGGCAGCAAUACCAAGACAGUCGUGGCCCCCGUGGACUUUCAGGAUCAGGCAGCGGUUGAUCGCAUCGUUGUCCAGCCCCAGGCGGGCACGGUCAAUGCAUCCCUGCGCCUCGACGUUGCGGUGAUCUGUAUUGCCGAUCGCUACCCGGCAGACUACUCGCUCAACGCAAGCGGGCCCAAUACGUUUGCUCUCUCCAACAGCCCGAACGUUGCGGCCAGUCUUGAGGCCAGUGGUAGCCUAGGCGUACAAACUUUGCAGCUGAUCGCCAGCAGCGCUGCUGCGGUCCAGGUCACUACCCCGGUUCUGAACCAUGCCUUUGACUUUACACGGUCUCGCGCGUAUGCAGUUAUGCUCAGCACAGCUGCUGUCAGCGUCGGUGCGCAGGUUGACCUCGAAGGGACGUCCCCAGCUUUGACGCCUGCCUCUGCAUCUUUAGCUGAUACCUCCGCCGUGCAGGUGCUAGAGUUUCAGUUUAACGCGGUCGUGGACACGGCCGACUUUUGGCUCACCCUUGAUUUAACCUUUUCCGUGGCGAGUCAGGUCGAGCUGGUGGCCGUGUUAUUGUUGGAUGACCCUCUCAACUGCAGCAUCGAGUAUGGCACCUUCGACGAUGCCGGCACCUGUCGCUUUUGCGACGGCACAACCGACUUUUCCGAUACUCUGGGUGCCAACACUUGUCAGACCGUGACCACCUGCGAUGGCGGGAACACCUACGAGACCAUGGCCCCGACCAUUAGCUCAGAUCGUGUCUGCGCGCAGUUUUGUGCAAGUGGUGCCACGGAUCAUGACGACAAUGCGACCACACCCUGCGAGACGUGUGCCCCCGGCAGCUACAUCAAUCCGGCCUCACCUGCUUCAGGGCCUUGCAGCGACUUUAUCUGUGCAGCGGGUACCGUGGACGAUGAUGCCAACGUAUCCACGCCGUGCGUGGCCUGUGCGGCAGGUCAUUAUGUGCCUGCCAACGCCACGGGUAACUGCAGCCUGUAUAUCUGCGCCGCAGGCGAGGUGGACGACGACAGUGACCCGUCCACACCCUGCAUAGCCUGUGCUGCUGGUACUUAUGCACCGACCGGCAGCGUCGGCCCGUGCACCGAUUUUACGUGUGCUCGUGGGAGCAAGGAUCUGGACGGGGACCCCACAACAGAGUGCGAGGAGUGCGCUGCGGGUACUUUUGACGCUAGUGCCACCGGCAGUCCUGAGCCUUUGACCGAGUGUGCCGCUUGCGCUGUGGGUACUUUUAGCGACGCGCCGGGCGCCACGAGCUGCAACACCUGCGAUAGCUGUGGUACCGGCGAAUACGUGGCUCGGGGCUGUAUCCUAACGGAGAACGUCAUCUGUGCGUCCUGUUCUAGUUGCGCCGAGGGGGAUCCAGUUGUGACGGCGUGUACGGCAUACGCCGACACGCUGUGUCAAAGCACCUUGGAUGCAGCCACGAACAAGAGCACCAACGGUGACAAGAUGCCUUUGGGCAUUGUUCUGGGUGUAGUGGCUGCCAUCUUCGUGACGCUGUUUGUGGUGCACUUUGUUCAUUACCGCCAUCGACACGGCUCAGAAACGGGGGUGCUGCCGAGUGUGAGUCGCCAAGGCUCGCGUGGCCACGUGUAUUUGGCCAGUUCAGAUGUACCUCCGGCCGGACCGACUCGGCCGGGAUCAGCCAAUCCCAACUUUAUGCGGCCGGAUCCCGAAGUGAAUCGGGCACCUUCAAGUCGUCGUCUGAGCAUUGUUCCUCUGGAUGAGGUCCGUGUGCGCUUGCAGGCGGGGUCAAAGUUGGGAUUUUCUAGCAGGCGGGCAGGGAGCGUCAAAAGGGCAGCGUCAUCGCUACUGCGGUUGGUGUGCGCGCAAAAGUGUGCAAGUGUGCGGCGCGCGUAUGGAUUCUUGGGCGUGCGUGUGAUUGCAUGGCUCGACCCUUCCUGUGCCGCAACCACGCGCCAGGAGGGGGGUUGGCGGGCGGAGAGGGAGACAAUGCUCAUCGCCUUGGGGCGACUGGUCGUGGCCGAUUUCCGAGUGCUUGGCGCGAGCAUGAGGAUGCCCUCUUGUUCACAGCCGGCUUUUCCCAGAAGGGUCUCGCCAGACCACAAGGGCGUGCUUGGUGUGCUCUUGCUGCUGUGCCUCGCGAUGGUCAUGGCGCAGCAACCGCAGCUCUUCAUCAAGAACGAGUGCCCUGAUUCAUGUUCCCCUGAUGCUUCUGUCACACUCGGGUACAACGGCUUUACUGGGUCGCACAUAGCACGCCCCCGUGCUGACCAAUGGGCUACCUGGGCCAUCAAUGUGAGCACAGAUCGCCUCGAGCUCUGUUGCAUUGACUUCCAGAGCUGGACGCCCGCCCUCAUGGGCAGCUACACCAACACCGACUACCUAGUCUUGGAUAUGCUUGAACAACCCAGUGCUGACCUCAUGUCUUGGAUCCAGACGCAGCGUCCUAAAAAUCUGGGAAUUCAGUGGCGGGAUCAGCGUCCUGCUACCCUGGACUGGGCGCAGUUGCCUUGGCAGAAGCUACGGAACCUGGCUUUGGGCUUCUUUUACAAGGUCUCCUUCGGGGAAGACACGUUUAUCCCCAUUGGCCAGGACGGCCUCUUGCAGCAUUGCGGCUUGUUGGCCACCCAGCCUGAUAAUGCUCUCAACCUUUCUGCCAUGGCUCGCGACGUCUACGAGACUCAAUCUUACAUCCAGACGAAUAAACUCAACAGGGAUGGCGCCGACAAAAUGGACACUUGGGCAGACGGUGUGGGGUCUUCUCUGGGGCUUCUCGGAGCCACACAAGCCGAAAAGCUGCGCUUCUUGAGUCCCGAGGCUCUGGAUGACAACCAUUUUUCCAGUAGCAGCGACGUUUUUGCCUUUGGGGUUUUGCUCUGGGAGGUAUUACUGGCUGAAACCAUGUUCAAAGGUGAAAGUCGGCCACGCAUCGCCCAGCGCAUUCGCACGCACAACAUGCCUGCUCUGCCUGUCAAGUAUUCGACGUUUGCUGAUGUCUACUCGCAUUUGGUGGAUCGCGUGCCUGCCCGUCGUCCCUCCUUUGACAAUCUGUACUUCAUGCUGCUCAACGCCGAAACCCCCGAGAGCGGUUAUUUGCCUCAGCUUGCCGUGGCCACCAUUCGCCCGACCUGGAGUACGACUGACCUCAUUGCUGGUACUGCCACGAUUGAUGAUGCGCGUUUGGCCGGUAGCCCCGUCACCUGCUUCAUUCCACGAAAAGCGAAUUCUGAUGCUCAUUGGACGACGCAGUUUCAUCUUCUACUGCAACUUCCACAUGAUGGCUUAGUCCAGGUCCUCAGUGUGACCGAGUGCACAUUAGAAGGGGCGCGGCGUCCCUGCUUAGUGGUCCCACCCUGUGCCCCGUACGCCUCAGCAGACCCGCCUUUGCCUGCUGCACAGGUCGUUAAAGAGCUGGCGUUGGAUGUGCUUAUAGUGCUUGAAUACCUGGCGGCACGCCAGUGCGCACCACGUGACAUCCGUCUGGAGCAUUGCGUGGUCCUCGAGGGUCGCAUCGGUCUCGUCGGACUGGCCCUGGCUAAUGUGGGAGCAUCACUGGGUCUACUUGAGAAUUAUCUUUCAUUUUUGCGCGAAGCUCGUGGCGGGCUUGUCGCCUUGAAUGGGAACGCCACGCUUGACAGGGUGAUUGCUUGUGUCGAGGCCUUCAUGACUCGAGUGGAUCGUUACAUCCUACCUGAAGCGACCACUGGGGAUGGGUUGACACGGCCUCAGCUGCAGUCUGAAGCCCUGAGUGCUCUUGCGCGCGAGCUACGCGACAUCUGCCAGCCCAAUAGCUCUUGGAACGUGCCUCUGAGUGCCCUGCAAUUUGUGCGGGUUUUAGGAAGCGGCCAAUUUGGCGAGGUCUGGCUGGCCUCCAUGCCUGCACACGCACACAGCAGUCCCAAUUACUCCAGCAAGGAAACCGCCGCAGCCACGAGCAAGCGCGAGGUCAUGCUGGUCGCUGUGAAGCGCUUGCUCAAUGACGAGUGCCUGCACGAAUUUGAGCAAGAACUAGCCAUUAUGAUGAAGAUCCGUCACGCCAAUUUGGUGCGCAUGCUCUUUGUCGUGCAAGAGAAGCAGCAUCGGGCGUUGGUGCUGGAAUAUCUGGACGGCGGUGCCCUGGAUUCGUGGCUGCAAGGCCAGAGCAAACCUCCAUCCGAGGAGCGAACGCGGCAUAUUCUGCAUAGCAUUGCCUGUGGUAUGCUAGAACUACAACGCCUUGGCAUGGUGCAUCGAGACCUGGCGGCACGCAAUGUCCUUUGUGAUGCUCAGAUGCAAGUUGUCAAGGUGGCUGAUUAUGGUCUUUCGCGCUCGACACGCGUCGGCAAGGAUGAUGAACAAGCCUACUACAAAUUCAAAACACGCCGCCCUAUGCCAGUCCGCUGGAUGGCACCUGAAGUGCUCAAAACGCAAAAGUUUACCGUGGCCACAGAUGUGUUCAGCUUUGGCGUUUUGGUUGGCGAGGUUCUGACUCAAGCCGAGCUGCCAUUGGCUCAUCUAAAUGAUGAGAGCUUGAUGCUCCGAAUCACUGAUUGUGUCAAGAGUGGAGGAUAUGGAGGGAGGCCCUUGCAUGCUCCUCCAGUAAAAGCGCCAGCCUGGGUGUCUCAGAUUAUGGUUGACUGUACCCUUUUUGAUGCAGCCGCCCGGCCAGACUUUGCUGAUCUUGUGGUCCGGCUAUCGCCAUUCACCUUCAUGGCGUCGCCGACGAAUGCGGGGCGCGCUCGUACAAACACGGGUGCCUCCUCCAUGUCAUCUCGUCGCAUGACUGGCACAAUCAGCCAAAGCUCAGGACUGGGACCGGGACGGCAUGCUUCAGUCAGCUCAAUCGCCUCAUCCUUGCGCAGCAAUUCUGGUGGCCCUGUCCUGGGACACUCGAACGAAGGACACGAACGUCACAAGCUGCUGUCAGAAACCCACGACUCUCGGCCUUUGCCCUCGGACUAUUACAGGGCUAAUCCCGUCACGGAGCUGACUAUGCAAUCUUUACGGCCGCCUCAGCAGAGCACCCACGCCGCGUCGCAGUCGGAAACCUCACCAUACCUUCAACCGCGCGGUCAGUCACCGAGUGGUGCCAACGCCUAUAUGCGGCCUCAACCGCUGAAUCUCCGAGGCGCACCCGUUUCGGGAAUGGCACAGCCUUCGCCGUUGAUGAUGCAGCAAUUGGCGAGCAGACCCAGCCCGUAUCCGCAGGCGGCCCCCCGCAGUGGUUCACCUCCCACCAGCCCUGGGCCCUCACCUUUAAGUCCGAGCUCCCAGUCUCCACCACCCUGGAGUGGUCAGCAAUACAACCAGCGCGGGCCAGCCAAUGCCUAUGUGCAGCCCCGGCGGUUGAGUGGCACGGGGGCUGAGGCUGUGGCCGGGAGUACCCGGCUCGGUUCCUUCUCAACAUCAGGCCCGCAACACAACCAAUCUGCGACUUUGUCUACUGGCGCAAACGCAUAUCUCAUGCCGGCUUUUCAGCAUGCCCCGGAAAUGCAGCUUGAUACAGAUGCUGUGGAUGAAUCGCACCUGUAG